UUUACAAAGCGCGGAAAGGCAAAAACCCCUUCGCCAUAAACCCAUCCUUUCUCGUUAUGUAAGAAGGAAGGGGGAAAAAAGGAAAAAAAAAACUCUUUGGAAAUAUUCCUCAAAAAUCCAACAAGCGCCGGGAUCUACCCUCUGCUAUAGGAUCGCCAAUGAGAAGGGCCUCCUCAAUCACCUCCUCCGUCCUUUCUAGGACCUUCUCCAACGUUCACGGCGGAGGGGCAGUCAACCUUCACCCUCGUCUCCUCCGGGUGGCGCUUUUUUGCAGCAGUAGAACCAACAAUUCCAACUCUCGCCACCGUUGGUUCUCUCUCAUCCUCGAUUCCUUUUCCAAAAGCUCCGGUCAAUCCGUAUCUCUCAGCCUUGCCUGCGUUAUCGCAUCUGUGGCCACUGCUGCUUCGGUCUACGCCAAGGAGCGGCCACCAGUCGAAAUCAUGCCAAAGGAGGUCGUUCUUUAUCAGUAUGAGGCUUGCCCAUUCUGCAAUAAAGUUAAAGCAUUCUUGGACUAUUAUGAUAUACCGUACAAGGUGGUGGAAGUCAAUCCCAUUAGUAAGAAAGAGAUUAAGUGGUCUGAUUACAAGAAGGUGCCUAUACUGAUGGUCGAUGGUCAACAGCUGGUGGAUUCAUCAGCUAUAAUUGACCAACUGGGUGAAAAGAUCCUUCCCGGAAAAACAAAGACUCCUGUUGCUGAUCAAGAUGAAGAAACCAAAUGGCGUAGGUGGGUUGACAACCACUUGGUGCAUGUCUUAUCCCCAAACAUAUACCGCAACACUUCUGAGGCUCUUGAGUCUUUUGACUACAUCACUAGCCAUGGUAACUUCAGUUUCACUGAGAAGUUAACAGUGAAAUAUGCUGGAGCUGCAGCUAUGUAUUUCGUGUCCAAGAAUCUAAAGAAGAAAUAUAACAUAACUGAUGAGCGUUCUGCCUUGUAUGAAGCAGCAGAAACUUGGGUUGAUGCUCUAAAUGGUCGAAAUUUUCUUGGGGGAUCUAAGCCUAAUCUGGCCGACCUUGCUGUCUUUGGUGUGCUAAGACCGAUACGGUACCUAAGAUCCGGUAAAGAUAUGGUGGAACACACUCGAAUAGGAGAGUGGUACUCCAGAAUGGAGAAAGUAGUUGGAGAUUCUUCGAGGAUCAACGCUUAGACCAUAUGCUCCCCUCAAGGUUUGUCCCCAGCAUCCAUUGCCAAUACUUGCAUACUUUUAAAAGAAAACAAAAUAUUUUCAUAAUAACAAAUUUUGUUCCAUAACCCAAGUUUAUGGACAAUUCUUCUAUUGAAAUUCACAUUUGAGUGUUGAAAUUGCAAUGAGUUCCGUAGGUAGAUUUUGUAAGCAAUUCUAAGGAAUUAGGAUGCUUCACAGAUGGAUUGUUUAUUUUGCCAUUAUUUUGUACGGUGCCAUGGCGUCGUAAUAAAAUUCAUUAAAUUUGGUGUGCUU